AUGUCGAUUUUACCAAAAAGCGAUUCAAUACAGAUCCGGGAGGUUUGGGCCGAUAAUUUGGAUCAAGAGUUUGCUUUGAUUAGUGAAAUUGUUGAUGAUUACCCUUACAUUGCUAUGGAUACGGAAUUCCCUGGUAUUGUGCUUCGACCCGUGGGUAAUUUCAAUAACUCGAAUGAUUAUCAUUUCCAGACAUUGAAAGACAAUGUGAAUAUGUUGAAUCUGAUCCAAUUGGGGCUUACCUUUACGGAUGAUAAGGGGAAUUUGCCCACCUGUGGGAGUGAUAGGUGUUGUGUAUGGCAAUUCAAUUUCUGCGAAUUCAAUCCCAACAAGGAUGUCUUUGCAAAUGAUUCGAUUGAGUUAUUGCGCACGUGUGGUAUUGAUUUUGCGAAGAAUAAUGAGAAGGGUAUUGAUGCUAAGCACUUUGGAGAGCUUCUAAUGUCUUCAGGAAUUGUUUUGAAUAAUGAUGUCUAUUGGGUGACUUUCCAUAGCGGUUACGAUUUUGGGUACUUGCUGAAGUUGUUAACUCGUAAGAACUUGCCUGAUACGCAGGAGGGUUUCUUUAAGUUGAUCAAUAUGUACUUUCCGGUCCUUUAUGAUAUAAAGCAUUUGAUGAAGUUCUGUAACAGCCUGCACGGUGGGUUGAACAAGCUAGCCGAGUUGUUGGAGGUGGAGCGGGUUGGAAUUAGCCAUCAGGCGGGUUCAGAUAGCUUGCUCACCGCGUGUGCCUUCAAGAAGUUGAAGGAGAACUUCUUUAGCUGUUCACUAGAGAAGUAUUCCGGUGUGUUGUAUGGUCUAGGUGUUGAAAAUUGA